AUGGUUUCCCUUCUGCAGGAGUCCUUCUUCCACUGGGCCUUUGCAGUAACUGAGCCUGACUGUUACGGAGCCAUUGAUGUGGACUCUGGGAAAUCCAUCCUUUUCGUUCCCAAACUGCUGGACAGCUAUGCCACCUGGAUGGGAGAGAUCUUUACUAAAGAGCACUUCAAGGAGAAGUACGCUGUUGAUGUGGUGCAAUACGCCUGUGAUAUUGUUGAUGUCCUGUCCAAGCUGACACCAGCAGUGCUCCUAACGCUGCGAGGACAGAAUACAGAUAGUGGGAGCAUCUGCCGUGAAGCCUCCUUUGAAGGAAUUAGUGGGUUCCAAGUGAACAACACUCUCUUACACCCAGUCAUUGUGGAAUGCCGUCUCAUUAAGAAUGAUAUGGAGCUUGAGGUCCUGCGCUACACCAACAGGAUUUCCAGUGAAGCCCACAAAAUACUUAGAGCCCAGCGGUUAACACAGAUAGCCUUUGACCAAUAA